AUGGCGGCCGGGCGGGCGCUGAGGGUCGGCCGUGCCCCUCGUCUCUGCCGCUCCCUCACCGGGCGCGGCUGCCAGCGUGCCCCAGAGCGCGGCGCGGAGUGCAGGGAUGCGGCGCCGAGCCGGGUCUCGAGGUUCUGUCCUCCAAGGAAGUCUUGCCAUGACUGGAUAGGACCCCCAGAUAAAUAUUCAAACCUUCGACCCAUUCACUUUUAUGUCCCUGAAGACGAAUCACCAUCGGAACAAAAGCUCAGAGAACUAAGACAAGAAACGCAAGAAUGGAACCAACAGUUCUGGGCCAAACAGAAUCUGACUUUCCGCAAGGAAAAAGAAGAAUUUAUUCACUCAAGAUUAGAAGCGAAAGGCCUGGGACCGAGAGCUGAAUCAGGUCAAAAAGCAACAUUGAAUGCAGAAGAAAUGGCUGACUUUUACAAGGAAUUUUUAAGUAAAAAUUUUCAGAAGCACAUGUAUUAUAAUAGGGACUGGUACAAACGUAACUUUGCCAUCACCUUCUUCAUGGGAAGAGUGGCCCUGGAGAGGGUUUGGAACAAGCUGAGGCUGAAACAGAAGAAGACUCACAGUUAGGAGCCCGCCUGCCCCACACUCCAGGCGUCCUUGAGAAGCGGCUGGUUCUAG